AUGCUAUUUCUUUGGUCGAGGGAGCCAACCCCGGGACCAAGAGCCGGCCCCUGGUUUGCAUGGUUCGCCACAGCCUUCGUCCUCUGGCGUUGUCGUCGUAAGGUCGCCAAAGCGAUCCUCGCCGUGUCACCGUUACGUUUGCUGAAGAAACGUCACGUCCUGCCGUUGACCACCUCGAAAGGCUCGUCCACGGUGACGUUCAAGAAGCAGCAGCAACAUCGAUUAAGACCGGAAAAUCACAUAUUACAACGGAAACACAGGCACGCGGGUAUCCGGACAAAAGUGAAACGUCUGUGCACCGGCGACGGGCCACAUGUGACCAGCUCGACGUUCGCUAUUCAGAGCCAGCAAAUCCAUUACAAAGUGACCAGAAGCGGGAAAAUAUACGGGAAAUAUCCGAACAAGGUCGCCACGACAGUGAACAGCGGCCAGGGAAGCCAUUGA